AUGACGCAAUCUGGAAACAUGCAACAAUCAAUGACAAACUUACCAAGCUACGGGGUACAGGCUCAUGUGGGUAACUCUCCUUCAAGUAAUCCAUACAGCAUUGGUAAUCACCAGUAUAAUGUCCAACAGAAUCCAAACACUUAUAUAGGAUAUACUGACCCCAGUCCGAAUCCUGCUCCUUCACACAAAAUAUCUAAUUCUAUGUCCAAUACGCAAUCCCCGCUACCUUCCCAGCACCCUACAAUUGCUCCACCAAACUAUAUCCCUGUGUGCGUUGGCAAUAACUCAGUUCAGCAUACACAAACAGGCUUUUCUGGGCCUGAGUGCGACAUGUCAUCUCAUCAACACAUCAUUAGUACUGAUACCACGAGCAUCCCAGUAGUUCCUACACAAAUGCACCCUACAGUGCAAUCCACUCAUGUCAUUCAGACUAACACUAUACAGUCAGAAUCCAUGCCGGGUCCUAAGUCAAUGAAUUCCCUUAGUUUUUCCCUAAACUCACAUCUCUAUUUCCAAAAUAUCCACGAAACCCAUGUCAAAUCCCUUCACAGUGAGUCUGUACAUGAAACACUUCCAAAAACACUAAGUGUCGAGAAAGUGAAGCAGGCAUCUGAAUCUAUACAGGCUGAUUACACACAACGGCAGAGUCGUGGGCGUGCACGUAAUCCACGUGCUGCGUCUAAAGUAAGAGCGCAUUCAGCCGUACCAUAUAGACGACAGAGUGUUAGUGUUACGCGGCAUAACAAUCGUAGCUCACCUGUUGCUAUAAAUAGACUUGUUGAGCAGGUAGCUAGUGUGCAUCAUGCGGAACAGGAUAAACCGUGUGGAGAUGGGUUUUCCCCUACUAUGGUCAACAAUAACAAUACAGUCAAGGGUCAGUAG